AUGGUUACCUGGAGCCAUGAAGCCGACAAGCGACUGCUUGUUGAGAUCUACAACCUUGGUUCUGGUUCCAUUGACUGGGACGAAGUUGCUCGCCGUUUCGGCGACGGCAAGUGGCACUAUUCCAUAUCUCCAAACCCGCAUAUUCGUGGGCUAAAGAAGCAGCUAGAGGCUUCGUCCAAGGACACGUCGGCUACGGGCUCUAGUGUCUCAAAGGCCAAGCGUGCUGUUACCCGCAACAAGUCCAUCAAGGGUGAAACGGAGCAUAUCGAUAGCGAUGCUGAGGAGAGAAAUACCCAGUCCGACGAGAACUAG